GGGGCGGGAUGGGGGCGCGGAAGUGAGCGGGCCGAGGAGCUUUGCUGCGGCCACGGAGUCUGAGGGUACGGAGGGAGCGGCGGGAGGAGCGUAGCAGGUUAACAAGACUUUCAGUAAUAUGGAGAAGGGCUCAGAAGUAUUUCAGGAACAGGCUCUCACUAAAGCCUCUUCAUGUGAAGCUGAACUUCAGGAUUUAGUGCAUCAAGUUGACAUCAUAGUAAACAGCAAGAAAGUAGAAUGGGAAAGGAAGAUGAAAGCUUUAGAAGCACAGAUGGAUAUCCAGCAUCAAGAAUUAGCAAGUACCCAAAGCAAACUGGAUCAAAAAAGUCAAGAGGUGGAACUACUUUGUCAGCAACUGGAAAACUUACAGAAAACUAACUGUGAAAUGGCUCAGAAUUACAAAACUCAGCUUUGUGCGCUUAAAUCUCAAUUUUCGAAGUUGACACAUAGUUACGAAAAGUUAUUAAAACAAAAAAAUCACCACAGUAGAGAAAAAUGUAAAGAAAGCCCGGAGACAUCAUUCGAACUGAGCAAUUUAAACAAGAAACUGGAGGAAUUUAAAGCAAAAUCAAGAGAAUGGGAUAAGAAAGGGACAAUCUGCCAAAAUCAUCUCAUUUAUUUAGAUGCUCAGCAAAAAAUAUUGUCUGAGAAAUGUAAUUUGUUUCAGAUAAACAGUAAGAAACAAAACCAGGAAGAGAUUGUUAAAUAUGGCCAGCCUGAAAGAGAAAACGAUGGGUUAAUUGUUGAAAAGCUAAGGGCAGCAGUGAGUGAAAUGACAGUAAGCAGGAAUAGACUAGAAGAGGAAAAUCUGAAACUCCGUGAGGAUCUAAAAAUGUUCCAAAACCAGUGCCAGAACAUGGAGGCAAGCUUUUCAGAGAUGAGAAAUGAGCUGCAAUCACGGGAUGCUCUCUGGAGAAAGAUACAACUGGAAUGCCAACAGUUGCGUGCAGAAUUACUGAAAGUCAGAGAGAAUAAGGAUAAGCAGAAAACGCAUCGAUCAUCCUUUGUACAACUUACUGAGCAAUCGGAAAAUAAAAAUGCUGAUUUACAGGCACAGAGUCAAGAAAGCCAACAGGAAGUGCUAAGCAAGAUAAGAAACCAUCUUUAUCAAAAGGAGCCGUCCCACUGCUCUGAGCAGGAAAGAAUAAGAACAGAAAUCUCUGACCUGACAGAAGAGCUUCAUCAGAAAGAGAUCACUAUAGCAACUAUCAUGGAGAAAGCUAGUCUUCUGGAAAGACGGUUAAAAACGGAAUUACAGAUAAAAGACAAAUUGUUAGCAAAACAACAGUUGUUGAAUUUCAGAUACAAAGUUAUCAAAUCUGAAAACACACAUCUGAAAGAGAUCAUGGAAAAUCAGAAGUAUAAAAGUUGCAUGAGUAUCGAUUUAUCUAACAAAAAACAUGGAGAUUUCACAGCUUCUAUUCACAAACUCGAGCAUGAGAAUGCAAGAUUACAAAACAGUCUUGUUAAAGGACAGAAUCGCACAGAAACAUUGAUGCUGGGUGGCAUGGAUAAACAUGGAGAAAAGGAGCACAGCUACCAAACCCACUCAAAGAUGCAAGAAAAGGAAGAGAGAACUUUCCAAAAUGAAGAUGAAAGGCAUAUGAAACUUCAACAGACUGCUAUAUUCACAGCCAGUGGAUACCAUAGAAACUGUAGUCCUACUUCACAUGGCCAAGGUGAUAUCAUUGGUUCCAAAAGUGAUCGCGCUUUAUCUUAUCACAAACUUGACAGAGGUCGUCAAAUGGAACUAGAUGAUAAAUCUCCAUCCCCACCAACAGAAUAUCCUUUGUGUUUUGGUGGACUGUUUCCUGAAAAAGGCAGAACGGGCACUUUAUUAAGUCAUGCUUACGAUGCAGAAGAAAGCAAAUUAUCAUCUUCUCCUGAGACAUCCUUCCUUGCAACAACAGAAAAGUUCCUUCAAGAGGAAGAGAAACACACCAAAGAGUUUGAAGAACGUUUAAAUUCACAUCUUGAAGAACUGCAAAGACUUUCUGAAAACACUCUUAAAAAAUACACCGGGCUACAGCAAAGCAAUUUCACAGAACGAAAUACCGAAUUACAGAUGACCUCAGUUUUCCUGCUGAUGCCUGCUUGGGACGUGGGGCUGCUGAAAGCUUUUGGGAGCUUCUUCAUACCGAGUCACCACGGAAAAGCCACUGCUUCUUUGCAGAGUGAAACAAUUUCUCUGAGGAAACAUGAAAGCUCUGACUUCUCCAUGAGGCUGCUCCUCAGUGCCAGAGCUGCAGUGCCAGAAGAAGAUUCAGACCCCAAUGUUAGAUAUGAGGGCCUUCAGCAAUAGCACUUCUCAGUUCCUGAGAGUGAAGAAAGCACUUUUUGCCCUUUGAAUUUCCAGUGCAAGUAUAACGGAAAAGAAAAUGUGGUUUUCCUCAAACUAAUCUGGACUGGAGGAAGAAGAGAGACUAAGAAAAGCGAUGGACACAGAGAUAAACAAACCACAUACACAGAGACAGAAUCAGGCAGUGGUUUAGCAGAGCUUCUGGCUACCCACCAACCCAGCACCUGGAUACACUAAAUAAAGCCGAGGGCAGAAACCCGUGCUCUUGAACACGGGCUGUCCAAAACCUCACAUUAAAAGAUCCCAAAGCUCAUUUUGUGCCUUUGGAGGCAAACAACAUGGACAAUACACAUCACCUCCUGCACAAUUCAGAACUUUUUUCCUAAAAAGGGCUAGAGAAGUCGGUAGAUAAACUAGUUGUAUUCCUCCCCUGACCUGGAUCCAUCAGCCAUUGCUUAUCCCUCCAUGAGACAGAGAAGAGAGAUUUUCUGCAGCGAUUAGCCAAGCCUUGAAGUCAGAGCCACAACGGCAAUGCCCACUUCUGAGAAGGGAAAAGGAAUAGCACUGCCCUUUCCUACUGUCCCCCACAUACAUGUCAUCUCACCUCCCUUGAGGGCAUGCUAAUGAUUCGAACAAUGGGAGAGGGCAGCAACAGGUCAAAACUGUUCAUAAACACCCGAACAGAAAUAACACAGUACUCAUACAUCUCAGAAUAGCCAUCUUAGAAUGAAAUACAAAAUAAUUUUGCAUAGGCAAAGAUUGCAAUAACUUGGUGGAGCUCAAGAGCAAAAAGCGUACAGCGCUUAAAAACAGUGAGGGCAGCUGCAGUCCAAAUUCCUCUCCUUCAAGUAAAAGGAAAGAUAGAAGAUGGUUAAACGCCGAUGGAAAGCAACACCUACCAACAGAAAACACUUUGAAAAGAUAAAGAACUACUUAGAUGUGGGAAGAACUGGUGAGGAAGGAAGCAAAGAAGCUCACUUCCAGUGUGGCAGUCUGCCUCAGUUGCUACUGCAGUGCUCGGCAGGUUUCAGGCCACUCCAUGGACACGAGCAUCGAAGUGCACAGAGCAGGCUGCAGAUUUGUAUUUUAUGAGAGAUGUGCAGUUGCUGUUAGAAUUACUCUUCCUGAUACUCUCUGUUUCAAGAGAAAAACAAUUUAGACUUUACAGGCUAUUACAUUAACUAAAGCUACUUCUGAAAUAGAAUUUUGGGAAGUAAAUACAAGAGCUACGGAUUUGUUUUAAGCCACAGAAAAUUAUGGAGAUGAAUACUGCUACAGCAAACACAAUCUACCAUCUGACAGCACUCCUGGGCCAAGCACUGCGCCUUUCAGUGCUGCUUUCACACAACGCACACUCUCACCCUCUUGUCGUGCAUUAAUGCUUGUGUGACACUUUCAGACCUCACAAGGAGAUCUGCUGAAUGGGAGGCCGACAGAACAGAACAAGACAGUGUCAGGUUCAACAGUGAAGACGAUUUUAACAUUUAUUACAGGGUAUCACUUUGACUCUCGCUGUUAUACGUGGCUGAGAUGAAUGUACGCCUGGCAGAGCUGCACGAAAAGGCACCUCUCCAGAAGGGGCGACAGCACUGUUGCCAGAUAAGCCACCAGGUAGACACUGAGCAGAGGUUUUAACUCAUCUGGAGAGCAGACAGCUAAUAGGAUUUCUUAAUGGGCUUCUCUCAGUUUCACUGGGGCUGAUGCACACUGCAGGUAGAAUUCCGAGGGAUUUUCUCCCCAGAUAGUGCAUAGCAUUCCAUAAAGUGUUCCAUUAUCAUCUUGCCUCAUGCUUACAUAAUGUACCAGACAGAAAGCCUGAAGUUACAUGAACAGUCACAAAGAGGUUAAUCAUUAAAUUCAAGCUUUUCCAGGGCAGCAACAGAGCUGACCUCUUGAAUAAAUUGAGCUCGGAUAAGGUAGCAUCGAUUUUCCUAAAGAGGUUUCAUUACUUAACUCCAGAUUGUGAUUUCUUUUGACAGCCUGAAGUUAAGAGUAAAUCCAAAUGCUUUUCCUACCCAAACAGCAACCAACUCAUUUGAAAUGCAGAGAAUAUGACAGACCUCCCUCCCCUUCACUGCUCUCUCCCCUCCGAGAGAAAUUGAACUUCACAGACCUUCAGACCUCAUGGAAAAAAACAGCAAAAAAAAAAAAAACCCUUUUAAAAGCCCUCAUCUUUAUUCCACAAGCCUUUCUCCCAGCACUGAAAGCCCAAUGCAUAUUUUCUCCCAACUACUUUUAUCUCUGCAUUGUUCUUAACACUUUCUAAGAGUUUCUUUAGCACACAGGUGAAUCAUUUCAAUUUGGAGCCCCAGCCAGCUAAAAGAAACCACGCAGGCAUCUGGAUAUGUCACACAACCUCCCAGUCUUUCUGACUUAUUUUCUGCUUUACAACGCUGAGCUUCCUAUUCUCAUUUCCAAGAAGACACUUACCUCAGAACCCAGGAGCUGCCCAUCACAAGCUUCUCCAUUAAACAGAAGGGCUGCUUCUCUACCUUGUUCAAGUACGAUACGAAGCAACCGUAAAAGCAAAGUGAUUUGUUUCUGAUUUCCCCUCAGGUACUCUGAAAUGUUCAGUGAGCCACAGCAAGUGCAUCCAUGGCAAACAGAGCAUCCAACAGGCUCAGGGCUGUGCCUGACUUUCCAAACUCACCGUCCUCAUUCACAGCCCUGGGAAUGCGGAACAUACUUGGGUAAUGCCUAAGAAAAACACAGACACUUGCAAACCUUUUGGAGAAAAGGGAUGUCAUUUCUAACUCUCCCAUUUUGAAAGCAUUGCCUCUUUCACAGUUAAAUUUCCCCCGAAGCAGCCAUCGCUGAUUGCAUUCACUUGGAAUUUUUAUGUAAACAAGUGCUGGAAUAUGAAAUGCGGUCAAAAGGAGGAUAUCAAAUCACAGGAUGUAUACAUUGCACAGCCUGCGCGCGUCUCUGCGGAGAGCAAGAACAAAACAAUAACUCAACGUGAAAAAGAAAGAAAAGCAGACAAGAACAUGGAACCUUUUUGCUGAAGGUCCCUCGUGUUUUAAGGAUGCGUUCAAUGAUGUUAGUUAGAGCACCUGAAUUUCAGAGAAUUACUUCAGAGAUGGCUCCUGCUGCUGCUGCUUCUGCUGGAAUAUUUCACUCUGGCUGUCAGCCAAAUCUUCACUACGCUGAUGCCAAAUAAAUGAUACCCAAUUUCAACGACAGAUGCUGUUGUGUUGACACAUAAUUGAUACAUUUAGAUUCAGGGCUCCCUGGAAUUCUAUAACAGCAACACUUUAUUCACAGGAAAUAUUACCCGCAGCAGAAUUCCAAGGGACUGGCACGUGGCUGAUGCUGCUACACUGCUCUACUGUGAAGACAUCGGUAACUACUGGGGACUGGAGGAGAGCAGCAAGUUUCUGGGGCAAUGGAAAUAGGAAGAGAUGGCCCAGCAGUGCAAGUUAAGAGGCCCCACCAGAAACCAGCUUUUCAUAGAAACAGGAAGCCUGAGAGUUUCCAACACAAGGUGCAGAUCCCCUUCCUGCAGAGCUCGUAACUGCACAGGAGAUGGAGGUUACAGAAACGCCCCGGCGCUGCACUAACAGGUAUGUCCGUCAUCUCCUUCUCUCUUUGACUUCCUCGGCUUCUUAGGCAGGAAACGCAUUAGCAACCUUCACAAAUGUCUUUGGAAAAGGCAUGCUCCAAAGAAAACACCACAUAUCCCCACCUCGCGUGUGCACUCUCCCGUAGAUAACUUGAAAUGAACUUUCAUAGAUAAUAUUUAUACUGGAAGGCAAAUCCGCCUCCCCGGGAUUAACAAAAGCUUCAGCAUCUACUGAAAUUACAACGGGAAGAAAAGCAGAUGACAACACAGCCCGUGCCUACAAUCUAACUCCUCUUUAUUCUCAGUAACACGGCACCAGAUUAUUUUCACGCACCAAAUGAAAACGUUCACAGGAGGAAGAUACUCAGCCAAAACCACGUGCCCAUUCAGCUCGAAGGAAAACAAUCCUGCACCCACUGAAAUGUGGCACAAAAGGCAGCAGCAAAUAAACCCAGAGAGCAGAAUUUCCUCUCAUUUCUCCAGCCUGUAGAUGUGGCUCAGCAAACAUGCAAUGUCGAAAACCCUGCCAUGACACUUCUUCUUUUUAAUUAAAAUAAGGUUAAGCUUAAAAAUAUGUUUGAAUUGCGUUAUAUGGGGAUCAAAGGAGUUUGGAGAUGACAAAUGAAUCUCUACCUGGAAACCUUUUUGGCCCCCGGAAAACACAUUUUGUUGGCUGUUUCUUAAGCUGUAUUUUAGAAGACUGAACACAGCCCAGGAAGUUUCAGCAGCUCACGGGGCCUUACCGAGCUCUCAGGUGCUGUCCUUGCUCUUCUGCUGGUACCACGGGGAAGACUGAAUCCUCCCAUCACCUUCUUACUUAUACUGCAUGAAAAAGGGACUAGAUACACUGAUGUGGAUUCUUCACACUCUGCACAGUGCAGCUGUUCUCCUUAAUUCUUCCUCUCCUGCACUUGCAAGGGUUGCUAAGGCCAAAAUCUGUCAGACUUCUCUUCACACAGAACCUCCCCUCCAGGACUGCCCAGCACACAGCACAAAUAUAAACUUGCAUAGGGAAAAACAUGCAUUUACCAUCAAAGCCCAUAUCCCUCAGAAACCCUCAAUCGUCAUUUAGUUCAGCAACACGGGAUAUGUAACACACCCAGGACUGUACACUUAUGAAACAGAAAGUGACUGACAAGGUCAAAAAAGCACAUUAAGUAGAAAAGCUUUAGGGGCCAAUGGCCUUUUCACUGCUGCAAAAGAGGCACUGGAAAACCAAUCGCUGCCAAGAAAACACGUCCAGAUAAUAAAAAAUUAAGCAACAAGUGCAGAGGUACCUUAAAA